AUGACCAAAGCCGCUACAAAAGCCGACUUUGCUAAAUUCAUUGAAAUGUGCACGACCAUGGACAAGUGGCAAGAAGUCAUGAACACAGAAAAGAUCCAUGAGUGGAUGAUUGACCAAGGGACAAACACUCUGAUCUUACGACUGACUUCAACGGACUUUGAUGGCAUCGAACCGGAACUUGUGUACAACACUUUAUUGGAUCCUGAGUUCCGACACACGUGGGAUGAACAUUUAAUUAAGAGAGAGAACAUUGAGGUCAUCAACCCAAGCAACACUAUUAUAUAUUACCAAUUCAGUAUGCCAGUGGUCUCAAAUAGAGACUACGUGUUCAGACAAUCAACUUGUAAAAUCAAUAACGACUACAUUUUGUACAACUUCAGUGUACCAAACGACAAGUAUCCACCUAACACUGGAAAGUUCGUCAGAGCUUCAUUCGAGAUGAGUGGCUAUUACAUCCAAAAAACAGACACGGGGUGCAAAGUGACUUGCAUUGCAAAUAACGACUGCGGUGGAUCAAUCCCAUCUUGGCUUAUAAAUUCACAGGCAAAGGGCGUCCUCCCAAAAACAGUCGCUUCAAUCAAGGCUGCAGCGCUGAAAUAUACCGAAUGGAAGGCAAAGCACAACCCAGACAACAAGCCAUGGCUCACUUUUGCUGAACCAGAGGAAUAA